AUGCUAACUGUCCGGCUGGUGUCGGGGGAAUUGCUGGCAAAGAUACCCACGCAGGAAUUAAGCACAGUAAAGGCCUUGAAGCAACGUUUGCACGGCCUUUGCGAUGCAGCACGCUUUCGCCAACGGCUGUUGCAUGACGGCAGAUUAUUGGAAGAUGAUGAGAGGUUGGACGGCCCUCUCGAGCUGCAGUUGGUUUUGCUGAAUUUCAUCAGUCCUUCGCGCGAGCAAGUCACAGAGAUCAUGAGUGCAUCCCGGCAUGGUAACGUGUCUGAGCUUGAGGAGAUACUCUGUCGACCACAGGAUCCCAACCACUUCGUUCCUCCCGAACCUGAAAAUGUUGCUGCAAUACCUGAUGACUUCCCGCUGUUUGCGCUUUCGCCUCUGUCGCCUCUUCAGAUGGCAGCCAUUUUUGGCGAGCUUGAUGCUAUGCAUCUCCUCCUUGAGGCUCGUGCAGACAUUGGGCCGGCCCACUGCAGCAUCAAAAGUCUUACUCUUGUCAGUCAGCGUGGCAGUCUUGAUGCCAUGAAGUUGCUGCUCGAGGCCAGAGCGGAUGCAGGAAACGCGCUGUCGACCGCGGCUGGGUUGGGCAAAGCGGGUGCAGUGCAGGUGUUGCUGAAGGCCGGAGCCCAGAAGGAUUUAGAAGAUAGCCGUGGUGUGACACGGCUUCUGGAAGCUUGCUGGUCUGGGCACGUGUACGUUGUACAGCUGCUGCUGGCUGCAGGUGCCAAACCAGCCGCAUGCAGCAAGAAGGGGCUAUCCUAUCUUGCGGCAAGCCAAGGGCGUGGGCUUUUGCAGUCUGACACCCUUCAGCUGUGUACGUUUCCGCGGGAAAGACACCGAAUCAUAACGCGUUUGCUGAUUCCGCGGCUACUUACGGUCUCCAGGUGGUCACGGGCCAAGCACCGAGUUACACACCAGCUUGUGAAGGCGCGGGCCAAGUAG